AAAAUAAAUAAUAAUAGAUUUUUUUUAUUAUUUAUUUUAAUAAAGCAUUAUUUAGCUAUUCCUGCUACCUCUGCUGCUAUAGAAAAUGUUUUUUUUAUUUUUAAUAAUAUUAUAACUAAAUCUAAAAAUAGGCUUAAGUCUAGUUUAGUUAAGGAAAUAAUAUUAUUAAAAAGCUAA